UUGCUUCCGCGGAGUCGGAAGGUCUGUAGGAACCCCCUUAAUCUGAGACAGGCAGGAGGGCGCCCCUGGUCCUCCAUCUGAAAGGGUAUAGCUUUGCUUCCGCGGAGUCGGAAGGUCUGUAGGAACCCCCUUAAUCUGAGACAGUCGGAGCGCUCCCGCUGGUUGGCACGCAGCCGUCGUUUUCGGUUUUUGCUUCCAUGGAGUUGGAAGCUUGUUUUGGUUUCGCUUCCAUGGAGUUGGAAUACUAUAUUUUCGGGCCCCUUAGUUGUCUGUGUUUGUGUUUUCUCGGUUUUAUUUUGUGGAUUUACUGGAUGGACGUUAUGGGACAGGCUCAAACUACUCCUUUAAGCAUUAUGGUCGAUCAUUUUAAAGAGGUAAAGGGAAGGGCCAGCAACCUCAGUGCGGAGGUCCAGAAGGACCGGUGGCGGACUUUUUGUUCUAGGGAGUGGCCAACUUUUAAUGUUGGGUGGCCGCCGGAGGGGACUUUCGAUCUCCCCACCAUUCGCCGGGUUAGGGAUGUCGUCUCCCAGCCCAAAGAGGGACAUCCUGGUCAACUCUCUUACAUUGUUACUUGGCAGGACCUCGUGGAAAAUCCACCACCUUGGCUUAGGCCCUUCCUACCUCCACACCCUCCGGAGCCAGAACCCAUUCUUGCCUUGCAGGAAGCGGAGAAGAAGAAGGAGAAGAAAGCCACCCUGCCGUCAGCUCCAGCUCCCCCCUACCCGGUUCUGCAGGGGGGAACUGGAGAAGAGUUAAUUUUUCCUCCCCCGUAUCAUUUCCACAGGAUGCCGGAGAGAUUCGAUCCUACCCCGUCGCGGGAAGCUGACGCAGUUCCGGGAAUGGCUGGGGGCGGGGUUCCGGGAAUGGCUGGGGGCGGGGUUCCGGGAAUAGCCGCGGUUCCGGUUCCAGUAGGAGGCCCACCUCUCACCCGGCAAAGAGCUCAGCGGGAGCUGUCUGUCGCAGCACCCGACUCCACUAUCAAGACCCUGCCCUUACGAGCCGCUGGACCUCCAGAUGCGGAUGGCAACCAGCCCCAUGUUUAUUGGCCUUUCGCAACUAGCGACCUCUAUAACUGGAAGGCACAGAACCCUAAGUUCUCCGAAAAACCGGGGAGACUUAUUGACUUGCUAGAUUCUGUUCUUUUCACCCAUCAGCCCACAUGGGAUGACUGUCAGCAGCUUUUACAGGUUCUGUUCACAACGGAAGAGAGAGAAAGGAUCCUCAGUGAGGCCCGAAAGAUGGUUCCCGGUGUAGACGGAAAUCCAACCACAAACCAGGCCCAGAUAGAUGUCUCUUUUCCCUUAACUAGGCCUGAAUGGGAUUUCAACACGGCAGAAGGUAAGGAGAGGCUCUUGGUCUACCGUCAGACUCUAAUGGGAGGUCUCCGCAGGGCUGCUAGGAAGCCCACCAAUUUGACCAAGGUAGGGAACGUACAGCAGGAAAGAGAUGAGUCUCCAGCUGCCUUUCUAGAACGAAUCAUGGAGGCAUAUCGCACCUAUACCCCCAUGGAUCCAGAAGCCCCUGAGAAUAAGGCAGCUGUAAUCAUGAGUUUUAUAAACCAGUCAGCCAUGGACAUUAGAAAGAAACUACAGAGAAUAGAUAGAUUAGGAGAAAAGAGUUUACAGGAUUUACUGGUAGUAGCAGAGAAGGUGUUCAAUAACCGAGAGCACCCUGAGGAGAGGCAAGCCCGCGCCAUGGUGGCUGCCAGUGACAAGCAGACUCGAAACCUGGCCAAGAUUCUGCUAGCCACCACCAUGGAGUCCCCUGGGGAGCGGACCCGCCACCUCCGCCAGCUCGCUGAUGGCCAAGAAAGAGGUAAGAGAACUGCCCGGGACGGGAAAAGGAAGCUACAACAGAACCAGUGUGCUUACUGCAAAGAGAUAGGGCACUGGGUCCGAGAAUGCCCAAAGAAGGCCGGUAAAAAGGGGAACAAGACAGACCGGGUGGAGGUGUUGGAGCUGGAAGGACUGAGUGAUUAGGGAAGUCGGAGUUCGGAUCCCCUCCCCGAGCCCAGGGUAACUCUUAAAGUGGAGGGGACACCUGUUGACUUCCUUGUCGACACUGGAGCGCAACAUUCGGUUCUCCGCACACCUCAGGGGAAGCUAGCCAGCAAAAAGUCCUGGGUGCAAGGGGCAACUGGCAUGAGCCAGUAUUCAUGGACUACCCGAAGAACAGUAGAUCUAGGAACGGGCCGGGUAUCCCAUUCCUUCAUGGUAAUACCAGAAUGCCCCUACCCCCUAUUAGGACGAGACUUGCUAACCAAGAUUGGGGCCCAAAUAACCUUCAGACAAGGGGGGCCUCAGGUCACCGAUGGCGAAGGCCACCCCAUCCAGGUUCUGACUCUGAGACUGGAGGAUGAAUAUCGCCUCCACCAGGGGGCGCCCCCAGUAGAGAACAAUAUGGACAGGUGGCUGCAAGAAUUCCCCACAGCCUGGGCAGAGACGGGGGGAGUAGGGCUGGCCGCCCACAGGGCCCCAACGCUGGUAGAACUAAAACCAGGAGAAGGCCCGAUGAGAGUCAAACAGUACCCUAUGUCCCAGGAGGCUCGGAAGGGAAUCCAGCCUCACAUCCGGAGACUGCGAAGCCUAGGGGUACUGGUUCCAUGCCAAUCUGCCUGGAACACCCCCCUCCUGCCAGUCAGAAAGCCCCAUACGAAUGACUAUCGGCCAGUUCAGGACCUCCGGGAAGUAAAUAAAAGAGUCCUGGAUAUACACCCAACCGUUCCUAACCCAUACACUCUCCUAAGCUCUCUGGCACCCUCUAGAAUCUGGUAUACUGUAUUAGACUUGAAGGAUGCCUUUUUCAGCCUGCCGCUAGCGCCUCAAAGCCAACCCCUGUUUGCCUUCGAAUGGCACGACCCCGAGGAGGGUUACAGUGGACAAUUAACCUGGACGCGAUUGCCCCAAGGAUUCAAGAAUUCACCCACCAUCUUUGACGAGGCGCUGCAUGAAGACCUCGGUGAGUACAGGAGGGAACACCCCAAUCUCACCCUUCUUCAAUACGUAGAUGACAUCCUGAUUGCUGCCGAUACAGCCAAAGAUUGUGAGCAAGGGACCAAAGAUCUGCUGGCCACCUUAGGAACCUUAGGGUACCGGGCCUCGGCGAAGAAGGCUCAGAUAUGCCAAAAGAGGAUGCCCCACUACAUGACUGUGCGGGAAUCCUGGAGCAGGUACAUGGACUUCGGAAGGACUUGACCGAUCGGCCCCUCCUGGAUGCAGAGGCCACCUGGUUCACGGAUGGAAGCAGCUUCGUGCGGAACGGGUGCAGGUAUGCGGGUGCAGCGGUGGUCACAGACACGAACACCGUGUGGGCGGAGGCUCUGCCCCCUGGGACAUCAGCUCAGAGAGCAGAACUCAUUGCACUCACCAAGGCACUGACACUGGGGGCUGGAAAACGGCUUAAUGUUUACACAGACAGCCGUUAUGCAUUUGCUACAGCUCAUGUUCACGGGGCAAUCUACCAGGAAAGAGGGCUAUUGACAGCAGAGGGACGGACAAUAAAAAAUAAGCAGGAAAUUCUCGACCUGCUCGCGGCCUUAUGGCUUCCUGCCAAGUUAGCCAUAAUCCACUGCCAGGGACACCAAAAAGCUGAUGACCCGGUAGCGAAAGGCAACCAAAAGGCUGACCAGGCUGCAAAGGCAGUAGCCCUUACCUCGGUCCCUACCAUGGCCUUACAACUCCCAGACCCAGGGGACCCAGUCUUACCAGACCAGCCCAAGUACUCCCAGGAAGAGUUGCAACGUAUCAGAAAGCUCCCCAGAGCCCAGGAAAUAAAGGGAUGGUGGCAUACACCAGAAGGAGAACUUAUACUGCCGGACUGGCUUGGGGACACGAUAUUAAAACAUAUGCACCAAUCCACUCACCUGGGAACCCGGAAAAUGAAGGACUUAAUCCAACAUGCCAGGAUCAAAAUUCACCAGCAGAAUACCAAGAUAGAUCAGGUUGUGUCUGCCUGCAAGACCUGCCAACUUACAAAUGCAAGGGUCGGAUCAAAUGAAAGAGGGACCAGGCUCAGAGGCACCAAACCAGGAGCACAAUGGGAGGUCGAUUUCACUGAAAUUAAACCAGGGAAGUAUGGUUAUAAAUAUCUUUUAGUGUUCAUAGACACCUUCUCUGGCUGGGUAGAGGCAUACCCAACCAAGCACGAAACAGCUCAGACGAUGGCCAAGAAGCUGCUGGAAGACAUCUUACCCAGAGGGCUCCAAAGGGUGCACGAGGACAUCUGGCCGCGCCUCCGCGCCAUCUAUGAGACCAGCCCAACCCCAACUCCUCAUCAACACAGACCAGGAGAUUGGGUCUACGUCAGAAGGCAUCAUCAAGAGACCCUUGAGCCACGUUGGAAGGGUCCCUUCACCGUGGUGCUGACAACCCCCACUGCUCUUAAGGUAGACGGCAUCGCGACCUGGGUUCAUCACACUCACGUCCGGUCAGCGGACCCCUCCACGAUCCGGAAAGACUUCAUCACCAAAUGGAGCAUCGAUCGAGAUCCACGCAACCCGCUCAAGCUCAAGCUACGGCGUGCUCGACCUGCGUGAU